AUGAAGUUCAAUCCGUUCGUGACAUCAGACCGAAGCAAGAACCCCAAGAGACACUUCAAUGUGCCCUCGCAUAUCCGGCGCAAGAUCAUGUCGUCCCCGCUCUCCAAGGAGCUCAGGCAGAAAUAUAACUUCUGCUCGAUGCCCAUUCGGAAGGACGACGAGGUCCAGGUGGUUUGUGGACACUACAAAGGUCAAAAAAUUGGCAAAGUAGUCCAGGUUUACAGAAAGAAGUAUGUCAUCUACAUUGAACGUGUGCAACAAGAAAAGGCUAAUGGCACAAUUGUCCAUGUGGGAAUUCACCCUUGUAAGGUAGUUGUCACCAGACUAAAACUGGACAAAGACGGAAUUUGA